AUGUUCGCCAUCGCCAAAACCGCGCUCAGACCCGCAACUGCUCGAUAUUCGGUUAUCGCAGCGGCAUGCCGUUCGAAGCACACACUGCCUGACUUGCCGUACGACUACAAUGCUCUGGAACCGUUUAUCUCAGAGGAGAUCAUGAAGCUGCAUCAUCAGAAGCAUCAUCAGACCUAUGUCAAUGGCUUGAACGCUGCCGAGGAGUCGUAUGCCUCGGCACAGUCGACGAAGGAACAGAUCAAACUCCAGUCGGCACUCAAGUUCAACGGUGGUGGUCACAUCAACCACUCUCUCUUCUGGAAGAACCUUGCACCUGCUAGCGGCGACGGAGGCAAACUCCCGGAUGGCCCCUUGAAGCAAGCCAUUGAACGAGACUUUGGCUCCGUCGAAGAAUUCAAGAAAAAGUUCAACACGACCACUGCUGCUGUCCAAGGCAGUGGCUGGGGCUGGCUUGGAUUCAAUCCUACCACAAAGAAGCUCGAGGUCACCACGACCCCCAACCAGGACCCCUUGAUAACUCACGCGCCGAUCAUCGGUGUAGACAUUUGGGAACAUGCUUUCUACCUCCAAUACAAGAACGUGAAGCCUGAUUACCUCAAUGCUAUCUGGAAUGUUAUCAACUUCAAGGAAGCUGAAGCUCGUUUCCUCGAAGCCUCUGCGUAG